CUUUCAAAUAAUAAAAGUCCCAUACUUAUUUUCUUCCUUCAUUUUUCUUCCUUCAAUUUUCGUUCCCACCAAACAACGUUCCCGCUCCUUCAUUCAUAGACUUUCUUUCCAAGAAAACGUUAAUUUCAUCUUUUUCGAGUUUUCUCCAAUUCGUAGCUACAGCUUAUUUAUUUAUUUUUUCUUUUUUUUUUAUUUGGUAAUUUUUUUUUCCGGCUUGACUGAACUUUUUGGGAGAAAAUCGAUUACCGUUUUCCGCUCCCGGCGACUCUUUCGCCGCCGGCUGCUUUUGAUUCGACGACCGCUUCUCGUUCACGGUAUACUUUUUUGUGUGAUUUGUUGAUUUGCUGGAGAAGGUGGCGACAUGAACGCAGGGAGUGAAAAUGGUUGAUGUUUUGAAAGGAAAUUAGAAUAAUCAUAUUUCUGAAGGUUUUUGUUUUGUUACCUGAUUUGUCAUUUGUCAUUUGUUGAAACCAUUGGCGAUUCUUGGAUUGUUGAAAGGCUUUGAUUUUGAGUAUUUACUGGAGAUUUUGAUCUAUGGAUUCGGGGGCGGUUCCAUCUUCUAGGGAUUUGUUGAAAUGUUGCAAUUGCGCGUGUAGUUGUUGUUCUAUGGUGGAUCAAUAUUCUGGGACUUGGAUGCGUUCGGUUAAACGGAAGCUAGAUGAAUUUAAGAUGGAUUGCCAGUUAUCGGUUGCGCGGGUUGAGAUUGGGAAUGAAUGUAUAGCUUUACGUGAGAUGGUUAGCACGCAACAGAAAACUAUUCAAGAUAUGAAUGAGGAGUUGGAGGAGGAGAGAAAUUCCUCGUCCACGGCUGCGAACGAGGCAAUGUCGAUGAUCUUGAGGUUGCAGAGGGAAAAGGCGGAGAUUCAAAUGGAAGCUCGUCAGUUCAAGCGUUUUGCGGAGGAGAAAAUGAUGCAUGAUCAAGAGGAGCUUAUGUCGUUGGAGGAUUUGUUGUAUAAGAGAGAGCAGAUAAUUCAGUCGCUUACGUGUGAGGUUCAGGCUUACAAGCACAGGAUGAUGAGUUUCGGGUACUCUGAGGAUGAGGUUGAGGGUGAUCAAUACGACAUUCCACCCUACGAAUACCCUCCUUUAAAAUGUAAUGUCAUGCAUAAUGGCAUGGAUGGUGAUAAUGACGAUACUGAUGUUGAGAAAUAUGUAUUCAGUGAUACUCCUAACGACCGUUUGAGGAACUUGGAGAAUCGAAUUUCUAAAAUGGAGAAAAGUCCCACUUACAGCCAGGCGGAUGGGGAUUUUAUGGGAAAAAAUGUUCUAGAGAAAGUAGUGGUUGGACCAUCUCCAAGUUUGACGAGGAGGCAUUCGAGGAAAGUUUCCUCUGAAACAGGUCUUGAGUUCCCUACAGAGUCUCCGAAGAACAAUAGCAACUCUAAGAAAGAUGAUUUCUCUCAGCCAGAGGAUCAUUUCAAUUUGAAGAAGGUAGAUAAUGCUUCAGAAGGUGAUGAUACGAGUGACCGAAUUUAUACAAUUGACUCUGUUCAUUCUGGGGCAGAGAAUAAUGGCUUUACAGGUUCCAAACCUGGAUCUUUUGAAGAUUACACAAGCAUUCCAAAGGAAUCAGGGAAUCAUCAUGCUGAUUUUGAGGAUCCCUAUAUAAGGAAGCUUUACAUGAGGCUUCAGGCACUUGAGGCUGAUAGGGAAUCAAUGAGGCAGGCAAUCAUUUCAAUGAGCACAGAUAAAGCACAGGUUGUGUUACUGAAGGAAAUAGCUCAGCAUUUGUGCAAAGAGAUGACACCGCAAAGAAAAAUGACUACGAGCAAACCAUAUAUGACUGCAAGAUAUCCAUUAAUGUCAGUUUUUAAGUGGAUCACAUCAAUUGUUUUUUGGAGAAAGAAAGCUCAUGAAAGCAAGUAUAUGUUCGGGCUACCGGCCGACAGUAUGGGCUUGCUGCUGCUCCUUGACAAAAGAACACAUGCAAGACCAUGGAGAUGUAUUUCAAGUACACAAGUGGGAGAUUAGUUCUCCAUUUUCAAAUUUGGGAGCACCAACUGAAUUUUAUAGUUAACACUAAAAAUACAAUGAUUUUUUAACUGUUUUUUCUCCCCAUAUCCUUCUUGCUGGAAAAAGGGAUGUGUAUUGUGCAGUGUUCUUUUAUUCCUUUUCAUUUGAAAUUGAAAUUAAUUUGUUGGUUGAUUUAAACUUGGAUUUUACAUGUCAUAUGAGCAUCCUCUCAUAUGGUUGGUCGUUGGACAAUCUUCUCCUGUACAUAACUUAUUGUUGGAAGUUCUCUCAUGCUUCAUUCAAUGCCUAUUUUCAACCUCGAUUGUUCCA